GUUGUUGUGUCGCCCGUGUGACAUAACUAAAACGACUGUGUAGGUUGUUGUGCCAUUGUGUUGUUUGUCUACCUUGAGAGUAAUAGCCGUUACAACCACCAAGACAUGGCCGCGUCAAAAGACCCCGCAGAAAUGAAGAAGGCCUUCGUCGCUCAACUGGGCGAGGAGCAAUGGGAUGAAUCCUGGGAAAGCAUCGCAAAGCUUAGCCCUGAGCUCUUCAAGGCCAGUGUCGAUCUCAUCGCGGUACCCAAGAAGAAGAGAUACUUGUCUCCCAAGAUCCAGCAACUCAUGUCGAUCGCCAUUGACGCUGCUUCAACUCACCUCUACGUCCCGGGCGUUCGAAAACACAUUGAUGCUGCACUAAAAGAGGGGGCCACUCCCGCCGAGAUAAUCGAAGUGAUUGAGCUGACGGGAACAUUGGGCAUCCAUGCCUGCAAUAUUGGAGUGCCCUUGCUUGUCGAAGUAAUGAAAGAGGAGGGCGUAUACGACCAACAUGCUACUGCCGGCAAACCUUUCGACGAGAAGCGAGAGAAGUUGAAGGCCGACUUUACGAAGAACAGAGGAUACUGGCAUACCUUCUGGGAGGAUUUCUUAGCGUUGGAUCCCGAAUUCUUUGAGGCAUAUUUGAAUUUCUCGUCUGUGCCCUGGCUGAAGGACGUAGACGGCUCAGGCAAGGGAGGUGGCGUAUUGGAACCCAAGGUGAAAGAGUUGGUAUACUGUGCGUUCGACGCCGCCGCGACCCACCUCUAUGUUCCAGGGCUGAAGCUGCACAUGAGGAACGUCCUGAAGUAUGGAGGAACACCAGAAGAAAUUAUGGAAGUUUUGGAGAUUGCAACUCAGCUCAGUCUGCAUACGUCGAACGUCGCUGCGCCUAUACUGGCAGAGCGAUUGGGCAAAUCAUGACAAGGCUGAGAGUUGACACCUGACGAGGCUCGCACUGUGAAAGCCUCUCCAAGCAUCCACACCCAGAGUCACGCAUCCAAAAUCUAAUCAUGACAAUAGCUA